GCACGAUCAUCUAUCUCAUCAUCUCCACCCGUAACUUACUAAUAAAUAACCCAUCAAUCAAUCCUCACCAUCUAAUCAAUCCGUGAUAACCACAUCAAGGCGGUAACCCCCUCACCGCCCUCAUCUGCCGCCGCAAAACUCAACGCGCCAGAUUCCCCCAUCUCGCACCAACAUCAUCAGCUAUCUCACGUCUACGAAACAACCCACGACCUCAUCACCCCACGAAAAGAAACCAUGAGCGUCCAACUCCCCCCAGCCACCCACCGCAAGCGCACCCUUCCCCAAGGCGAACUCGAAGCCGCCUCGACACUCAAGCUCGGCGCCGACCAGAACACGCACACGCUAUCGCUGUCCGAAGCGCGUCUCGUCAUCAACAAGGUAUUGGAGAAUAAGCGCAGAGGCGGGAAGAAAUACGAGGAACCGGAGAACCUUACGAAAACGUUGGAUUACCUGGAGGUGUUUGCGCGGUUCAAGGAUGAAGAGAAUAUCAAGGCUGUUGAGCGGUUGUUGAAUUCGCAUACAGAAUUGGAGAUGUUUGAGAGAUCGCAGUUGGGAAGUCUAUGUUGUGAUAAUGCGGAGGAAGCCAAGUCACUUAUUCCUAGUCUACAGCAUAAGAUCUCAGAUGGUGAUUUGCAGGAGCUGUUGGAUGAGUUGACGAAAUUGCGCAACUUCACGGAGUAGAUUCGAUUCUUUCCAUCAGUUUGGUUCGACAUACCGCGGUCCGGUUGUCUUUGUUUGGGGUUCGGUAUAGCAUGGAGUUUUGGAGUUAUGACGCGACGCGAUGCAUAUACAGAAUUCGAUGAAACUGAAAGAGGAAGGGGAUUUUUUUUUUUAAAAAAAAAAAAAGAAAAAAGAAAAAGAAAGAAAGAAAAAAGGAGGAAAGCACAUACUUGCAUUGGUUGUGGACGAUCAUGUCGUCAUGGUGAUUCUAUUUUUUUUUCUCAACCUUUCAGGAGCUAAAACAUGUGGAAUCGUCCAUGCGAGCAUUAUUAAUUGCGGCUAGAGUUUGUAUGUGGAUAGUAACAAUCUAACCAUGCGACGAUGACAUGAAAAUGGGACGUGCCAAUGCCUGGUUGCUGUUGGCGGCGGUGAUGUGGUUAGUGGUGACUGUU